AUGAGGGUGCUGGUGCGGCGUUGCUGGGGUUCUCGGCCGGCUGGUGGCGGUCCGGACGCAAGGCAGAUCCCCCAGUGGCGAGCGCUGGCCGGGCUUGGUGCGUCCCCUGGCGGGGAAGACGGCCGGGGCGUCCGAGUCCGCGAGAAGCCGCCCUGGCGGGUGCUCUUCUUCGGUACGGACCAGUUUGCCCGAGAGGCGUUGCGGGCGCUGCACGCCGCCAGGGAAAACAAAGAGGAAGAGUUAAUUGAAAAAUUGGAGGUGGUCACAGUGCCCUCCCCAUCACCAAAAGGACUGCCAGUGAAGCAAUAUGCUGUCCAAUCUCAGCUUCCCGUGUAUGAGUGGCCAGAUGUGGGAUCUGGAGAAUAUGACGUUGGAGUGGUAGCUUCAUUUGGCCGACUUUUGAGUGAGGCUCUUAUUCUUAAAUUUCCCUAUGGCAUAUUGAAUGUCCAUCCCAGUUGCCUCCCGAGGUGGCGUGGUCCAGCGCCUAUAAUCCAUACCGUGCUUCAUGGAGACACAGUUACUGGAGUGACAAUUAUGCAAAUUAGACCUAAAAGGUUUGACGUAGGCCCAAUUCUCAAACAGGAAACGGUUCCUGUGCCACCUAAGAGCACCGCAAAGGAACUGGAGGCAGUGCUGUCAAGACUGGGUGCCAACAUGCUUAUUUCAGUUUUGAAAAAUUUGCCUGAGAGUUUGAGCAAUGGAAGGCAGCAGCCAACUGAGGGAGUGACACAUGCCCCUAAGAUUUCUGCUGGUACCAGCUGUAUAAAAUGGGAGGAGCAAACUUCAGAGCAGAUAUUCAGACUUUAUCGUGCCAUUGGAAAUAUAAUUCCGUUGCAGACACUCUGGAUGGAUAAUGCCAUUAAACUUCUGGAACUGGUAGAAGUUAAUAGUUCAAUCCUCACUGAUCCAAAAUUAACAGGACAACCUGUUAUUCCAGGAUCAGUAAUAUAUCACAAACAGUCACAAAUUCUGCUGGUUUGUUGCAAGGAUGGUUGGAUUGGUGUUCGAUCAGUGAUGUUCAAGAAAAUGCUAACAGCUACUGAUUUCUACAAUGGAUACCUGCACCCCUGGUACCAGAAAGAUUCCCGAGCUCGACCAAGCCAGUGCAGAUUUCAGACUCUCACACUGCCAACAAAGAAGAAGCAGGAAAACAAAAUUGUUGCUAUGCAACAGUGCAUUAAGUAG